UUGACAAUUAAAAGUCCUCUUUCUGGCAAUUCCAAUACCGUUGUUUCAACCUUAAGUAUAGCACAGAAGGACCCUGUAAAAGUUGCUGAAAAACAUAAGGAAGAAAAAUCUGAUGUCUUUGCAUCGCCCUCAAUAAAUACAAGAAAGUCUCGACGUCUCCAAGAAAAAGAUAUACAAAGAAGUUCAGUUGAUGACAUCAUUGAUGAUGUCGUAAAAGGCACGGCCAAUCAAUUUAAAACUAACAACAAAGAAUCAAAUAAAAAGAAAUCUACAAGACAGAGUGGAAAUAAAACGGGCGAUAAAGCGCUUUCAAGUGACACACGGAAAUCUCCCAGAGGAGUUAAAAGAACAAGGGAUAGAAGUUUGUCAGACGCUUCUACCGAAAGCUGUGAAGACAACACUAAAACAGAGGAAAUCAUCAAAGAGCCCAAGAUACCGAAAUUAGAACCCACGAUUCCAGCCACCAAAUGUACUCCCGAACCUGUCGUUAAGCCCCUUAUAGUUACCAGCCAGAGUGCCACCGCCUGUCCACCUAAUAACAACCCGAUACCUAUAAUGAAACCACCCAAGAAGAUGAUAUCUGAAAUAAGCGCAAAGCUCGCCAGCGCCUUCGAGGCGGCUGCUAACGCGACCAACCGUAUUCAAGAACGUUCCAUCUUGCCGUCGGAGCCGGAGCGUCUCCCGCCACCGGCUGAGGGCGCCAUAGGUGAUGGCGACGCGGGCUACGGGCGACGACUCGUGGACAAUGUACCCUCUAACAUGAUGCCCGUGGGAGCCACAGAGGCGACGGAUGCGAGGGUUCAGUCCCCCGCACUGCCGCACAGACCACCUUCCUCACAUCACCUGCCCGAUCGAGCUACACCCAUCCUUGUCAGGGGUGGCGAUGGAGAAGGAGGACCGAUCGCUGCCAUGGGACCGUUGGGUGCGAUGGGCGCCAUGGGUGGAGCUAUGGGGGGAAUGGACGCGGGCGCGGCGCUGUACCGGGGCGCGUACCCGGGCCCGGCCAGCCUGCCGCGGGGAGCACACCACCCGCCACUCGCCAAACAGGUCGCCGUCAUCGGACAAAACCAUCACCCAGGAUCACGCGUUACUAUCACAAGUGUACCCGCUGGCAGUCCACAAGGACCGAUGGCAAUUGGCGAAGGUGUAUACCCGCAUUUCUCACAUCAUCAUUAUCAAAUGUAUCAGCAACAUUUCCGUGCGACCCAACAAGAAAACAGGGACACGCCAACAUCCUUUACUAGAGGCGCAUUGGACGCCGAGGGCUCGGAAGCUCCGACGCCUCCCCUGGAGCUGCGUCGUCCUCCAUCAGCCCGUGUUCCUCGUCCCGCGCACUCGCCCUCGCCGCACGACCGACAUAUCAUGUACGCAGUGCGGUGCGGUCGUUCCCCUCCCCCCGCUCACGGCACGUCCCGGCCGUCGUCCGCGCUGCCCCCGCCCGCCGCGCCCGGCCCGCCGCACGCCUCUCAGGUCCCGCGGGAGGCGGACUCCCUACAGAUGCUUUUACGGCGCUACCCGGUCAUGUGGCAAGGUUUGCUGGCUCUCAAGAACGACUCGGCGGCCGUGCAGAUGCAUUUCGUGGGCGGCAACCCCGGCGUGGCGGCCGAUGCGCUGUCGCGACACUCUGACGGCACGGCCGCUUCUUUAUUGCGCAUCGCACAGCGCAUGAGGCUGGAACCAGCUCAGCUGGAUCAAGUGCAUCGCAAGAUGAAGCUCGAAAAUGAACACUGCAUGCUGCUAGCGCUCCCCUGUGGUCGCGACCACAUGGACGUGCUUCAGCAGUCCACCAACCUAACGGCCGGAUUCAUCACCUACUUGCAGCGCAAGCAGGCUGCCGGCAUCGUUAAUGUAGCGCCCACACCAGGCCACCAUCAGUCUAUGUACACGGUGCACAUCUUCCCGUCGUGCGAGUUCGCCAACGAGAACCUGACGCGCAUCGCGCCCGACCUGAUGCACCGCGUGUCCAACAUAGCUCACCUGCUGAUCGUCAUCGCCACGGCCAUCGGAUGA